GGGAGGAAGAAAGGAAGCAAGGAAGCCCACGCCACUUGCUGCGAGGACAUAACACCGACAUUUUAUGGACUCCACACCGGCACUCUCACGUCUUAACAAACUUCCUCGGCCACCGGUUUUAAUGUGUUUUAUGUCUCUGCGCUCCACUGUGAGGUAGACUAGACUGUUUAUUUUGUGUUUGUUUUUUGUCACACCGACGCCCCGCCGUCCCGUGGAUGCUACUGUUCGAGUCCAGCGGGACCAGCCUGGUUCCGAUUCCUUCCACGCGAAUUAGGAUUAUAUGUGCCGAGAUGCUGCUCGUUCUGUGGCUGCUGCCUCUGAGCGGAGCCGCUCCAACCGAACCAGAGGACACGGGGGUGGACUGGCUUGGCAAAUUUGGUUACCUCCCACCACCUGACCCUGUGACUGGCCAACUUCAGACCAAGGAGGCACUGACCAAUGCCAUCAAAGCCAUGCAGAAGUUUGGAGGGCUUGAGGAGACUGGAGUCUUUGAUCAAGCCACGUUGGGUCUAAUGAAAACACCCAGAUGUUCUCUGCCAGAUGUCUCUGAGGCUGAAGUCACCCCAGGCCGCAGAAAACGAAGUCUGACGCCCCCCAACAAAUGGAAAAAGAGGCACUUAUCCUGGAGAGUGAGGACCUUCCCAAAGGAUCCGGCUUUACUGGGCAGAGACACCGUCAGAGCCCUCAUGUAUUACGCAUUGAAGGUGUGGAGCGACAUCGCCCCGCUGAACUUCCACGAGGUGGCAGGAAGCGACGCCGACAUUCAGAUCGACUUCACUAAAGCCGACCACAACGACGGAUAUCCCUUUGAUGGGCCAGGGGGCGCCGUGGCUCAUGCCUUUUUCCCCGGAGAGAGAUUCACCGCUGGGGAUACACACUUUGACGACGACGAGGCUUGGACCUUCAGAUCACCAGACUCUCACGGGAUGGAUCUGUUUGCAGUGGCUGUCCAUGAGUUUGGUCACGCCAUUGGUCUGGUCCACACCUCAGCCAUUGAGUCCAUCAUGAGACCGUACUACCAGGGUCCCGUAGGAGACCCUUUGAAGUAUGACUUACCCUAUGAAGACAAAGUCCGAGUCUGGCAGCUCUAUGGUGUACGUGAGUCUGUGUCCCACACAAACCAUCCUGGCACCACUUCCCAAACGUCUGAACCUCCCAUCCUGUUGGACAUUCCACAAAACAAAUCCAUUCUGCAGCUGGCGCGAGACGCCCCAGACCGAUGCAGCAGCUACUUUGAUGCAGUGGCCCAGAUACGAGGAGAGGCCUUUUUUUUCAAAGGGAAAUACUUCUGGCGUCUCACUCGAGAGAAGCACCUGGUGUCCCUGCGUCCCGCUCAGAUCCACUGGUUCUGGAGGGGCCUCCCUGCCAAUCUGGACAGUGUGGACGCCGUAUACGAGAGACCUGGAGACCAUAAAAUAGUCUUCUUUAAAGAUCUCAAGUACUGGGUAUUUAAAGACAACAUCAUGGAGGAGGGUUACCCCCGUCCAAUCAGCGACUUCGGCCUGCCUUUAGAGGGAGUGGACGCGGCAUUUGUGUGGUCGCACAACGAGAAAACCUACUUCUUCAAGGACAACCGCUACUGGCGGUACGAUGACCACCUGAGACGCAUGGAUCUGGGCUACCCUAAAGACAGCACGCUCUGGAAGGGACUGCCAGCACACCUGGAUGAUGCCAUCAGGUGGUCUGACGGUUCGUCCUACUUCUUCAAGGGGAAGGACUAUUGGCGCGUGCCGAGCAGCGACAUGGAGGUGGAGGCGGGCUACCCGCGCCUCAUCGCCAAAGACUGGCUGCUGUGCACCGAGAUGCAGUCGGACUCUCCGGGCGCCGAGCCCAAAAGCACAGAGACCAGAGUCAACGUGCACCAUCGCCCGGACCACGCCGAGAACGGCUACGAGGUGUGCUCGUGCACGUCGGACACGGCGUCGCCUUUAGGUGCCCGCCCCUCCCCGUCGUCCCCCCUGUGGCUGCUGCCGCCUCUCUGGACGCUCUCACUGGCCCUCCGCUCUCAACCGCUAUGAUGCCAAAAGUCCUCACACGAUGUUAGUGAGCACUCGGUUUGUUCUGAUUAUUACAUUUGUAUUUAUUUAUUCUGGCGGGUUCUUUUCCUUUUGGGGCGUUUAGAUAAAGCGGUUUUAUACUUUGGGUUUACAAAAUUAACGACAUGCACUGUCCAUUAACAAUCAUGUCCAGCUGAGCGUAAACCUGGUCAAUAAUCGCAAACAAUCUACCGUAUUUUUCGGAUUAUAAAUCGCUCCGGAGUAUACAUCGCACCGGCCGAAAAUGGAUAAUAAAGAAGGAAAAAAACAUAUACAGUAUACGUCGCACUCGAGUAUAAGUCGCAUUUUUGGGGGAAAUGUAUUUGAUAAAACCCAACACCAAGAAUAGACAUUUGAAAGGCAAUUUAAAAUAAAUAAAGAAUAAUGAACAACAGGCUGAAUAAUUGUACGUUAUAUGACGCAUAAAUAACCAACUGAGAACAUGCCUGGUAUGUUAACGUAACAUAUUAUGGUAAAAGUCAUUCAAAUAACUAUAACAUAUAGAACAUGCUAUACGUUUACCAAACAAUCUGUCACUCCUGAUCGCUAAAUCCGAUGAAAUCUUCUUCCUCGUUGUCGCUCCUGGUAUGCGCCGCUAGCGUCCUUUCUUUCGCUGCUCGAUCGCGGUUUCUGCUGCAUAUUUCACUACGUCCGGCUUGUAAUCUGCAGUAUAUGAUUUCCUUUUCGGUUCCAUUUUUGUUCAGCCCUUCUCAGUUUUUUUUUUAAAUGAUCCAUUUUAAUAGCUACGACAGUAGCAUAUAGCAUAUAGCAGUUAGCAUCCCAUGACCCACAAUGCACUUCUGCCAUGACCCUCCCCCGCCGAAUUCUUAUUGGUUGACGUGUGUGUGACGAUUGCUGACAUUUGCUACGUUUCUUCCGUGAAUUAGAUAAAUAAUAUUAUUUGAUAUUUUACGGUAAUGUGUUAAUAAUUUCACACAUAGGUCGCUCCGGAGUAUAUGUCACACCCACGGCCAAACUAUGAAAAAAACUGCGAUUUAUAAUCCGAAAAAUACGGUACUCACCCAUAAAAACGAAUGCCUGUUUUGAUGGCCUCAACCUCACGGUUAUUGAAUUCAGUUUUAUACAUUAACAAUUACAAGCAUGCAGUAUUGUGUUUACAAAAUAUUUCGUCUUGUCAAACCAUCUUCCUGCUGGAAAAUGUUGAAUGAAUUGACUCAUAGUUGUGUAUAACGAGUAUGGCCAACCCAGUUUCAGACGACCUCCUCAAUGAUUGGUCAAAAGGCACUCACGUGACUACAGGGCGCCAUGACUGCUACCAACUUUAAGCUAAUGCUAUGUGUUUGUGGCGCUUGCUCAUUAGUUUUUCCAUGUGUAAAAAUGCCCUUUUGUGCAGCAUGGGACUGCUCCACCCGUGAGAAUUGUGGAAAGAUUUUACAUCACUUUCCCCACAACCCCGAAAGAAGAGUCAGCGAUUAGUGUCUUGUAUGAGGUAAACACACGACAUGACGUCUGCUUUUUGUUCAGGACCGAACACACAGAAGCUAAUACAAAUAAUAACAGAAUAAAUUAACUAAUUAAAGAGAUGGUUUAACAAAAACAGACUAUCUUUGAAUGUCAGUAAAACUAAGAUAAUGUUAUUGGGUAACAGUAGAAGAGAAAGUCAAACACAAAUAGACAGACCUUGAAAAAGUAAAAAUAACAUUUUAGGUGUAGUAAUAGAUGAUAGUGGAUCAAUAAAGUUUGUCUAAGUCUAAAAGCACAGGCAUAGAUAGUACAGUGAUUACAAAUACAUUGGAGGCAUACACCACAGUUGACAUACUUUACACAAAAAUCACUAUUUCUCCGGGAUUGUUGGUCCAAAGUUUAUGAAGAUUUUGGCUCAAAAAUAUUUGGGGUCAUUCUGUGUAGUGUUUUUACGUUUUUUGCACCUUUGGAUGGGUUUUAUAUAGCCUGCUGUUUACUAAACAUGAACGUAGCAGCAGAGUGUGUCAAAUACGGCCGCAAAAUUAUACUUUCACAAAAUCAAAGCAUGUUCUAUUGUAAGUUUAUGAGCUGGAGUUUGUUUCCAACUGUAUUUAGAUUUUUUUUUUGGUUGAUUUGGUCAAGAAAACUAAUGUCAGAACGACUGCAAUUGCAUGCGCAGCUGCACACGUCCUUGGUAGCAGUCAUGGCGCCUGUUUAGUGGGCUAUACUCUCUUUAUACACCACUCUGAAUUGACUUGUGAUACGUCGCCCUCUACUGGAUUCACAGCUGCAGCACACUUUUCCCACCACCAGAUAGCGCCAUUAAACCACUUACGAUUUAUGUUAACAUUGAAAAAAUAAUUUGUAUUUACGAUGUAAAGCAGAGAAAGUAAAUCUGUGAAUGCUGUACCACGAUUAGGUGGGGAUCGAGUCUAUUAUAGAAAAUCCUGUUUGUGUUGCUUUUUGUAGUUAAAGGAAAAAAGCUCCCAAUACACUGAAUUCUCCGAACACAAUUUGUUUUUAGAACGCCAAGUUUUCCCAUAGUAUAUGAUACAAACAUAAAUAAUCAGUUCCAGUGUCAGACCAUUUAUAAGGCAAUGUUUAAAGUAACCUCUUAACAUUAACCAUAUUAACAACUAGCAUUUUUAGCAGUAAAAAAAACACAAUCUCAAAUAUAAUAAUAAGUAACAAACGUAUACACACAAAUGUACUUACUUGUCACACAAGUGUAAAAAGAAGUUGACCACAAGUGUUAGGAGUAACUGUUAAAGUUAUUGUUUUCCGGUAACGAGUAAUCCCCUAUUUAUGCUUCAUGCCUUUAGAUUGGACGCGUUAUUAUUUUAGAGGCACACAGUCUGACGCACUUUUUUAACUUAAAGGCCUACUGAAAUGAAAUUUUCGUAUUUAAACAGGGAUAGCAGAUCCAUUCUAUGUGUCAUACUUGAUCAUUUUGCGAUAUUGCCAUAUUUUUGCUGAAAGGAUUUAGUAGAGAACAUCGACGAUAAAGUUCGCAACUUUUGGUCGCUGAUAACAAAAAGCCUUGCCUGUACCGGAAGUAGCGUGACGUCGCAGGUUGAAGGGCUCCUCACAUUUCCCCAUUGUUUACACCAGCAGCGAGAGCGAUUCGGACCGAGAAAGCGACGAUUACCCCAUUAAUUUGAGCGAGGAUGAAAGAUUUGUGGAUGAGGAACGUGAGAGUGAAGGACUAGAGUCCAGUGCAGGACUUUCUUUUUUCGCUCUGACCGUAACUUAGGUACAAGGUCUCAUUGGAUUCCACACUUUCUCCUUUUUCUAUUGUGGAUCACGGAUUUGUAUUUUAAACCACCUCGGAUACUAUAUCUUCUUGAAAAUGAGAGUCGAGAACGUGAAAUGGACAUUCACAGUGACUUUUAUCUCCACGAAAAUACAUCGGUGAAGCACUUUAGCUACGGAGCUAACAUGAUAGCUUCGGGCUUAACUGCAGAUAGAAACAAAAUAAAUAAGCCCCUGACUGGAAGGAUAGACAGAAGAUCAACAAUACUAUUAAACCCUGGACCUGUAACUACACGGUUAAUGCUUUCCAGCCUGGCGAAUUUUAACAAUGCUGUUGCUAACGACGCCAUUGAAGCUAACUUAGCUACGGGACCUCACAGAGCUAUGCUAAAAACAUUAGCUAUCCACCUACGCCAGCCAGCCCUCAUCUGCUCAUCAACACCUGUGCUCACCUGCGUUCCAGCAAUCAACGGCUACCUUCUUUUUGCCUUGUCUGCUCUUUUUUCUCAGUUUUCCUCAGGUUCUGACUCAGUCUUUCUCCCCUCGAGGUUGCUACUGAUUUUCAGAAAACAUUAGGUUUGAGUCUUUUACAUUGUUCCAUUCAAACUCCGACCAACCCUUCUUUUUUUAAGUCAGAAUUAUUAAAAUGAUCGCUGCAAAUUACAUUCUGUCCCAUUUUGCGCGAGUCAAUUUGACAGGAGAGGUCCACACUUUACUCAUAUUCCCAUCAUUUGGAAAUGUGUGCAGGCUGACCCCUUCUUUAGUUGUAUUGCUACAACCUGCAAAAAUGCACCUGGCAGACAUUGGUGAUCAUUCCUUCAAAUUAUGCGUGAAAAUAACAUUAUUCAGGAUGAAGAUGCUACCAAAACACAAGCUACGCAAUUUAAAAUUGCCUCCAGUCUUCUAUGAAUGACGUCAGCAGGGUGAUGCACGCCCGCCCACGUUGUGGAGCUAAAAGUGGAAGUUCAAAAAUGUGCUCAAACUCGUUAGAAAACCAGCCUAAAAUCACUACUGUCUGUUUUGAUGGGAAUUUUAUUUGACAACAUCAUUUUUAGAUCCAGAACUAUGAAAUAAGUGGCAAUGUUGCCAGCGUGAGAGGGGACUUUUAACACAUGGACAGCACGUCAACAAAUUACACGCUACGCCUCUCGACACACCUUUCCACUUAUCUAAAAAUCAAUGAUGGAUUCAUGUACAUCAGAACUCUGAGCAUCACAACAAAACAGAACAAGUCCUGACCAUUAUGCACACGCCUGAUAUUAAAGUAUCAAUAUCUUUACUUUCCCUGGUAACUAAAUACAUUUAUGGAAUAUUACUUUUUAGGAAAUAAACUAUAACUAAUAACGUUUUAAAGUAAGUAGACUACAAUAAUUUACUGUAAAAACAGUCAAAUACUUUGAUAACAAGUGACUAAUGCUUGAGACUUGUACUCUCAUAUUUUUUUUAUUUCCACAAUUCACAGACUUCUAUUGGAAUAAAAGUGUUGUUUUAAAAAAACAAGCCAUAGAAAAAGCAGACGAGUAUUUUUCCCGUAUAUUGUUCAAAUUCCAAAUCGUUUGACCUCAGGGGCGUUCCAUAUUUUAAGAUUCCACUGUGCCUGCUUUUCAUUGAACAGCGAUAAUAAAUAGUUGACAUACUUUACACAAAAAUCACUAUUUCUCCGGGAUUGUUGGGUCCAAAGUUUAUGAAGAUUUUGGCUCAAAAAAAAUUGGGGUCGUUCUGUGUAUUUUCUUUACAUUUUUUGCACCGUUGGAUACGUUUUAUAUAGCUGCUGGUCACUAAACACUGCAUGAACAUAGCAGCAGAGUGCGUCAAAUACGGCCGCAAAAUUAUACUUUCACAGCGAUAAUAAUUAGGAUGAAUUACAAUAUAAGAAUCGUUGACAUAUUUUACAAACUAAUAUAAAUUAUAUGAAUGAAAAUGAGGCCCUUUUUUUUUUUGAUUGUUCUUGUCAUAAAGCGCGACCAAAAUGAUACAUUUCCCGGAAAGUAAACACUGUAAAAAAUGAUCUGUCAAUUUUACGCUGAAAAACUGUAAAAUGUAUCAUGUUUUUUACUCCAAAUUACUGUAAAUGGAUAAGCUGUAACGCUGUUAUUUUUACAGUAAAUAUCUGGCGACUGUGCUGCCAGUAUUUUUACUGUAAAAUAUACGGUCUUUUUUACAAUGCAUUACUGUAAAUAGACUAAUGGAACCACUACUAUAUUUAAAGUAAAAUUCUGAACUGACUGGUUUUUGUCAUUUUAAAAUCUACACUCGUUUUUACAGUGUACUGUAGAAAUCGUACCACUGUUAUUUUUAAGAUACAUUUUUGGUGACGGAGCUGCCAGUUUUUUUUUACCGUAAAAUCUACGAUCAUUGUUUUUACAGUGUUUUACUGUAAAUUCCAAAACACUACCACUUCUGUUUUUAGGGUAAAAUUCUAAGCUGCAAGUCUUUUACCUAAAAAAUCUACACUUGUGGUUUUUACAGUGUAUUACUGUAAAAACAGAACCUUUGUUAUUUUAAGGUUAUACAAAAUUUCCCUCAAAAUUUACGGUUGUUGUUUUUACAGUGCAUUACUGUAAAUUAAAACAAUACCAUUGUUAGUUUUGUCGUAAAUUUUCUGGCAAAUAAGCUACCAGUGUUUUACCGUGAAAUAUGUGGUUGUUGUUUUUACAGUGUAUUUACAAUAUGCAUUGUAAAAAUUGUACCGCUGUUAUUUUUACAGUAAAAUUUAGACUUAGCUGCCAGUUUUGUUUUUUACCGUAAAAUCUCUCGCUGUUGUUCUUACAGUACAUUACUGUAAAUUGAAAGAUUUUGCAGUCUGUUUUAGCAAGAGAAUCAUUUUUCAUACAAUGUUUGUUUAGUACGAGUGUUUGAACUGAAUCCACACAACUUGUACAAGCUAAAAGCUGCCAAUAGAACAUCUGGAUUCCACUUUUUUUAGCCUAGUUGCCAACUUUCUAAAGAGUGAUGAAGAAAAAGUAACUGUUUCCUUGCAAAAAAAAAAAGGAAAGAAGAACGACAUCGCUUAACUGUCCCCUUGAGGAGACGAGCGUCCGCUCUCGUUUUGCCUUUUUUCAUCAACAAUUGAUCAGUUUUCCAUCUGGUUCCUCUUGCUGUAGCGUCUUCAGGAUUGUCUUAGUCAGAGGCCUGCUUCGGUUUUUUGUAAACUUAAUAUGAGACUGCUAUGUUGGACUGGAAAAGGUUGUGCACUUAUUGCAAAAUCUAGUGUAUAUUUCAAGUUGGAUUUUGUAUUGUAAAAUAUUUUUGUAGAAAAUAAUAAAACUGUAUAUG